UCGUAGAUGACUUUAUAUUUUGUUUUUGUCGUUCGUUUAUAUAUGCCAAGUUUGUAAUUAAAAUGUCAGCACGUAGCGAUGAAAAAAAGGCGCAAUUUAAAUUAAAUGCAUUUUACUCAAAUAGACGUGAAAUAACUUUAUUGUACAGCAUAAAUAUUUUAUAUAAGGUACCCUCAAUAUGGGUAUGGAUGAGAACAUCUUUUAUUAUACUUUAAUUCUGUAAUUUGAUGAUCGCUUAUCAAAAGAUCUUUAAGCAGUUUAAGUAACGUAUAGAAAAUAUAAUUAAAUCUAAUGUCAUCUUGCAAAAUGAUUUCAUUUCUUUUGAACAAGUGACUCAGUGUCACUGUUCAGUGUGAGGAAGCAAGAUCUAAAAUCUGCGCAGAUCGGAAAUAACGAAGAAGGAAGUCAAGAUAAUGCCUAUAUGAAGUGAACACGGAAUUUGGACACUUAUGUUUUUGUGCAAGCUUUAUUUGGUAUAUUUCUUCCUAUUAGAGGUAUGGGCUAUACAUAAUGUUGUUGACAAACCACACCAACAGGAAGGUCCAGCAAUUACUGGAAGGAAAAGGCGUAAUAUUGAAACGAUCACCAUAGAAACGGUUGUGAUUUUAGAUGAGGACUACAUAUCGUACUUAAGAUCUAAUGGGCAUAGUACCAAUGAAUCAUUGUAUGAAUUAGUGGCCCUUAAAUGGAUGGGGGUACAGGCAGAGUGGGGACGGGUAGAUGUGUUUGGUUGUGAUAUUAGGAUAGCAAUAAAAGAAAUCGUUUUAUGGGAAAGGAAUCCGACAUGGUAUGUACCAUCCACUGUGUUAGACACAACAUUAUACCGUAUAUGUUCUAAAGCUAAAUCCAGGGGAUUAUGGAAAGAUUAUGACUACAUUCAUUUAUUCACUGGAAAGAAGAAUACAGAGGGCUAUUCCGGAAAGGCGAACACAGGGGAGAUGUGUGUGAACGGUGAAAAAUGUGCAGUUUCUGCUAUUACACGUGUAGUGGAGUAUGUUGUCACUGCACAUGAACUUGGGCAUAGUAUGGGAAUGGGCCAUGAUGGUGAUGUAGGAUGUCCAAGUCCAAAUGAUGGCAUAAUGGGAAGUAAGACAAUGGGGUGGAGCAGCUGUGGUGUCGCCGCCAUGAAAGAACUUUUAAGUAAAGCUACAGCAGCCUGUGUUUUUAGAACCGAUGUUCCAGCAGGAAAUAAAAUCAACCUUACGGAGGCAUGGCCAGGAAUGGUGUACACAGAUGACGAAAUUUGUGAAUUCCAACAUGGCUCUGGAUACCGAUACAAAACAAAUUCACAGAAGACAUGCCCGUUUUACACGUGUGUGAACAUGAACCAGACCUCUCCAUGGUAUGGAGUCAGCUUUAGUCAUAACACACCUACUGAUGGUAGUUACUGUGGAGACGAAAUGAUGUGUUCUUCACGAUAUGUUGGCAACAAAUGUAUGAGCUGGAAGGAAACAGGUCUCGACAUCUCAUUGUUUACCAAAGUGAAAGGAAAUUGGUCGCCAUGGACAUCUAUGACAACAUGUAGCCGCACGUGUGGUACCGGUGUACGGUACAGACAAAGAACUUGUAACCGUCCAAAGCCACAGAACAGUGCAUGGUGUGAGGGAAACGAGUUUGACGCCGAGUUAUGCAACUUUGAGGGUUGUGCAGGUGACAAUACUAGCAACUCUGAGCUAAUAAAGCAACGGGCUGGCGAGACCUGCACCUACUGGAAGACAAACAAUGUAUUUGAAACUAUCGGAGAGAAUUCGACUAAUUAUCUUAAUACAGGGAGGGAAUACAGCAAUAACAAUCACGGGCAGUGUGAAGUUAAAUGUGACAAGGCUGGUAAUUAUACAGGUGGAGGAAAUAAAAGACAUGGUAUAAUACCUGAUGGAACUCCGUGUACAUCUAACCAACUGUCGUCAUUUGUUGAGAAAAACAAUUUACCCAGAAAAUCAGGGAUGUUUGGAAGAUGUGUUCAGGGUUAUUGUUAUUUAUUUGGUUGUGACAAUAAAACCGGAAAUACACGGCGUGAUGGAUGUGGUGUGUGCGGGGGAACUAAUACAACAUGUAAUAUAGUAGAAGGAGUUUAUGACAUCAUCGUAGAAAAAGGUCAACGUGGAAUAAUAGCUGUAGUGCCCACCAAUGCCUCUCUAAUCCAGUUUCACUUUGUGUAUGGAGAUAUGAAAAGCCAUUUUCUAGAACUGCAUACAUCGGAUACGAACAAAGGCGUGGUUACAUUUAGGGCUUUAGACACAACAAAAGACCCUGUUAAAUUCGCGGGUACUGAAUGGUACCUUUUAUGGUACAAACAAUAUCUGUAUGCACAGGGACCGAUAGAUGAGGAAGUCGUUAUAAAGCUAUACAAUUAUGGUGGAAACAAUAAUACCGGUGUCGAUUUUGCAUAUUCCAUACCACUACCGAUACACGUUAGCACAACCACUGCGAAUGUAACGUCAUUUUCAACGACUACAAUGUCUUCGACGAAAUCUUCAAUAUCAACUUCCAUUCAAACAACAGAACAAAUGAGCUCAACAACAUCUACAGGAAUAACAGAUACGUCAACGUUAUCAAAUGUAACAUAUGAAACCAGUACCACAAUUAACAAUAGCACAACCACUGCGAAUGUAACGUCAUUUUCAACGACUGCAAUGUCUUCGACGAAAUCUUCAAUAUCAACUUCCAUUCAAACAACAGAACAAAUAAAUUCAACAACAGCUACACGAAUAACGGAUGCGUCAACAAAAUCAAAUGUAACAUAUCAAACCAGUACCACAAGAAUGGGGACAACUGAGAGCACUACAGGUAAACGUGUGGGCAUCAUACUAGGUACUAUUACUGGAGCUUUAGUUUUUGUCCUUGUUGUUAUGCUGGUGAUGGUUAUCAUAUAUAGAAGAAGAGGCUCCUCGAAAACACUUUACAUGACUGCGAAAUGGCAGACUAAAAGAACUUCUGAAGAUCUAUGGCACUAACAGGCCCACCUGACAAGCACAGAGAAAAAUUUAUGGAAAAAACACAGUCUAUAAUAGCUGACACUUGAAAAGAAGCAGGCAAUAUUUCGAUGAUAUGGCGUCCGUCCUGUAAAUUCUCGUUGUCGUCCUAGUGUGUCAGUAAAAAUUAGACGAUAUUUUCAUAAAACAUUACACUACAUAUGCUAAUGUGCGAUGUGUACUGCAAUAAAAUCUUUCUUUAGAAGCAGUCUUAUCGGGAGAAAGUGUGCACAGGAAGCUAGCGGACGAAAUACUACAACUGUUGUUUUCAUAUAUUGUGUCAUCAACCAAACAUUGCAAAAUGUUUCGAUCUAAAUGUUUUCGGAUGUACAAAACUACCGGUAACCUACAAGAUGCCACGUUUCACAUUACAAACCACAUUUUAUUUUUCUGUGAUGCAUGCAGAUAUACUAAUUAUAGUCGACUGUGCCGCCAUAAAAGAUACGUAAAAUAUCUCCUUGCAGCUGUUAGCACAAAACAUACAGAUAUACAAACUGAAGUGCACUGAUCAAAACAGAUAUAAUUUUACUCUUACGUAUGUUGAUAUACGUUUACAAGCCAAAGCUUAGAUGAAAUGGCUUCAGGAUUUCAAUGCUAAUUGUUUUUUAUCUAACAUUUUCAGAUAUAAUUAUAUGUAUCAAGUAUGUUAAGCUAUCUGUGACCAUUCCCAAAAUUAUGCUUACAUUUGCUCAGAUUUUUAUUUUAAGUUGUUUAUUAUGGUUACCAAAAAUAAAGAAUUCAACCAUUCUCUGUACUAUCGAUAUCAUUGCACUAUGAGUCACAUAUUUUCCUGCUGUGUGCCAUAUUCUGACAAAAGCAGGGUAAAGUUCCAAAUACUUAACGAUAGAGCUUAUAGAGUAAUCAUAUAACGGGGUAGGAAAAGUGGUGCUUUUUGAAGGUAAAAAAUAGAUAUUUAUAUGUUUUACCUAUAUAUGUGUGUAAAUGUCUGUAUAUAUUAAUUGUUACAACGAAUUUCCAUAACCUGAACCCACCUUCACUUUGUGUCAUUAAAUUGUAUCGCCAAUAAAAUGAGAAAAAAAUGCA